AUGGCUUCUCCAAGCACGCGUGGCUUGGGCUGCUUGGGCUGGGCCCUGCAUCUCCUCGUCUUCCUCUCGCUGUGGGUGGCUGACCCUGGCGCCUGGCUCGGUGGCUCCGCCCCCACCACCACUGACACCGCCGCGGGAAGCGCUGUGCGGCGGCACGCCGUGAUGUCUCCGCCGCCGGAGCUGAAACCGCCCGUGCAGGACCCGCAAGAAAAGGCCAAACGGGCAGAAUGGUUGGAAUGCCUCAUUCAACACGAAUUGAAUGCGGAGUCAGACAAAAAACACGCGGAGGUCUGGGUUUUGAGGCGGCCACACAUCAUCUUCUUCCGACGGCUGCUGAUGCUGCGGGGUUUCCACGCCCAUUCCUCGACUUCGCAGCUGAAGUGCCGCGAACGCACCGUGGACGCCGAGAUGACCUGUGUGGAUUGCGUGCGCUUGUUGCACGGGGGCUUCUACGGUCACAUGGGCGUGGCCGUUCCUGCGCAUCCUCAACAGGACAAGGUCAUGGGCUGCUUGCAGUUGUAUAAGGUCUUGAAUGUCACGGCUGAUCCGAACGAUGACCAGCAGCUGGUAGCGAGGCUCAAGGCCUUGUUGACGCCGGAAGUCAAAACGCCGCAUUGGCAGCCUGCAGAGAUAAGCUACGAUCAUCAUGCCAUCUUUGUGCAAUGGGACGUGGCACCGGAAGCUUACAUCAUCCACCAUCCCAUUGGUCGGAGAUCCAAUCCGCUUCGAGGGAAGAUCCGGCACGAGGUACGCAAUGUCUUCGAAUACACCCUGGUGCAGCGUCCCAGCACACCGGAGGAUGUGCUUCAACGUGCAAUGUCGAGGGUGGGCGAUGAUGGGUACAAUUUGGUGUGGAACAACUGCGAGCACUUUGCAGAAUGGUGCGUCACAGGGAGACACCGGCGUGACCGCCUAGACGAUCUAGGGCUGGAGAUGGCAUCCUCGUUGCUCAAUAGCUCCGAAUUUAAGUUGUUUUCAAAGAAUAAAAAACAUCCGGUAAUUUAA